CUCGUGGUGGUUGUACCUCAUCCGAUCUGGUCGGGUCCGCAUCGAUCGCUGAUCUUCCUCCUUCUCCUUCUUCCUUCUCUGCUUUUGUUACCUUUCCCCAUUCCUUCUACCCCCAUUCUUCACCCAUUCGACACUAAACCCAUUCACGCCUACAAUCUCGCGCCCUACAGAACUACUGCGCUCGAGACCCCGGGAUCCUUGACCUAGCCAGCGCAUUCUCCUCCCACCACGCAAGACGCAGGAACGAUUCCAGGGAGUCCCAGGCCUCCGACAGGCAAACAGUCGCGUUUCUUAUCUGGCCAGCGAGAGAACGCCCAAUUCGAAGGCGAUGGCAUCCUUCAUCACCACCAUCAACGCUCGCACUCGAGCUCCCUUCAAGCCGCGGUCGGCGGCCAAGGGCACCACCAGCUACCAACUCAGACAAUUCGCGGAAGCGACGCUCGGCAGCGGCAGUUUGAGGAAGGCCGUGAAGUUGCCGGAGGGCGAAGACCUGAACGAAUGGCUGGCCGUGAACGUCGUCGACUUCUACAACCAGAUUAAUCUACUGUACGGCGCGAUUACAGAGUUCUGCUCCCCUCAGUCAUGUCCGGAAAUGAAAGCGACCGAUGAGUUCGAGUACCUCUGGCAGGACUCGGAGAACUUCAAGCGCCCGACAAAGAUGUCCGCGCCCGAGUACAUUGAACAUCUGAUGAGCUGGGUACAAAGCAGCGUCGACAACGAACAGAUCUUUCCAAGCAGGCUCGGUGUCCCGUUCCCCAGAGCGUUCCCCAGCCUGGUGCGACAGAUUUACAAGCGCAUGUAUCGGGUGUACGCGCACAUCUACUGCCACCACUACCCCGUGGUAGUGCAUCUCGGCCUGGAACCCCAUUUGAACACCAGCUUCAAGCAUUACGUGUUGUUCAUCGACGAGCAUCGGUUGGCGAGUGGGAAGGAUUUCUGGGGGCCUCUGGGCGAUCUGGUGGACAGCAUGUUGCGGAGUGACUGAUUUGCGGUCGGAAGGAAGACGAGACAAGCACAUGAGAGGGAUGACGGAACUGGGCUGGGCGUUUGGGUGUUGAGGCAUUCGUUAAAAAAAGGGGAACAUUUAAAGAACUCGUAAAGGCCAUCCGGCGUUUCUUUUCUUGAUGA